CGCACAGUUUAUGUCCACGAUGAAGAUUCUCGUGUUGCGGGCGCAGAGCUAGUGCAUGUCACGCUGUUUUGUUUACAACUAUUACUAAUUUUGUUCAAGCUAUUACACAUAUUACUCCAGCAGUUGACAAGGGGAGAUGCCUGUGUGCUGGCUAGUGAGUGAAGAUGAUUCUCAUAAACCCAUUCAGCUUCAUCACCAUCAAACUGUGACUUUGGGAAGAGGACCAAAAACGAAGAUAAAAGACAAAAAGUGCUCUAGAGACCAAGUUGAAUUAAAAGCUGAUUGUAAUAGAGGAUUUAUCAGUGUUAAACAGUUAGGUGUGAAUGCUACAAACGUGGACAAUGUGGUUGUGGGCAAAGGCAACCAGGUGACGUUAAAGCCGGGCCAAAGACUUUACAUGGUCAAUCAGCUUUAUCCGUAUACAGUGAAGUUCACCGAGGAGACGUCAACACCCAGACCUGUAGGAGAGGAGAGCAAAUCCUUGAAAAGACCCAACCAGAUGAGUGAGGACCCUGCAAAAAAAGUCUCAACAACCUCUCAUACAGACCAUCACAGAAUAACAGAUGGUUCACCUCCACCGAAAAAGACACCAGAAGCUUGUUCUGAUAAAUCGGAAUCUGCUGGCCAUUGGAGUCAAGGGCUUAAAGCGUCAAUGCAGGACCCGCAGAUGCAGUUGUACAAAGACGAUAGGGUGGUGGUCAUCAAGGACAAGUACCCGAAGGCACGCUACCAUUGGCUUGUGUUGCCGUGGGAGUCUAUCUCUAGUCUGAAGGUGCUGCGGUCGGAGCACUGCGACCUACUUAAACACAUGCAGUGUGUGGGAGACAGGAUGGUGCAGCAAUGCCCGGACGCUCAUAAACUGCGCUUUCGUCUGGGCUAUCACGCCAUUCCCAGCAUGAGUCACGUUCACCUGCACGUCAUCAGCCAAGAAUUUGACUCGCCUUGUUUGAAGAACAAAAAACACUGGAAUUCCUUCACUACCGACUACUUUAUUGAAUCCGAAGAUGUUGUUGCGAUGCUGGAGCACCAUGGAAAAGUGACCGUGAAGGAAGGCAUGAGUGAAUUACUGAAGCUCCCUCUGCGCUGUCACGUUUGUCGUAAAGAGCAGUCGACCAUACCGAAAUUAAAAGAACAUCUCAAAUCUCACAUUUCUUAAAUACUGUAAACUAGAACUCAUUUACUGGACAGUUUGAU